UAGUCAAAUUUUCAAACAGUUGUAUAUAGAGGUCUUAAAACGCACUGUCGUAUUAAAAAAUUUGAAAGUAUAACGACAAAGAAUUUUAGAAGUAAAUUUUGAGUAAACAUGGUCCUAUUAGGUGAAACAUUCCCGAACUUCGUGGUAGAAACGCAAAAUGGCAAAAUUAAUUUUCACGAUUGGCUAGGCGAUUCAUGGGGAAUUUUAUUUUCUCAUCCAAACGAUUUUACGCCGGUAUGUACAACAGAAUUGGCCCGGGUAGCAAAAUUGAUGCCUGAAUUUAAAAAACUGGGAGUGAAAGUUAUUGGUCUAUCAUGCAAUUCGGUCAAAUCGCAUCGUAAAUGGAUAGAGGACAUAAAAUCUUAUGGAGAAAUAAUCGGAGAGUUUCCGUUUCCGAUAAUAGAAGACGAAUCACGGAAACUCGCGACAUCAUUGGGAAUGUUAGAUCCUUCAGAAGUUGAUGGCCAUGGUGUACCCAUGUCUGCUAGAGCAGUAUUUAUCAUUGAUCCAGUUAAGAAGAUGCGAUUAUCAAUUUUAUACCCUGCAACAACUGGAAGAAACUUUGAUGAAAUUUUAAGAGUGAUUGAAUCACUUCAACUCACAGAAAAGCAUAAAGUGGCAACUCCUGCUGACUGGAAGAAAGGUGAAGAAGUUAUGAUUCAGCCUACUGUGUCUUACGAGGAAGCAAAAAUGCAGUAUGACAAUAUUAAAACUGUAACACUACCAUCUGGCAAAACUUAUUUGCGUAUUGUACCUCAGCCAACCUAAAUA